AUGUUGCUAAAUUACGGUAGCCGCACAGUUGUCCUGCAGAAGCAGCUAACCUUGGUUCCUUUCCUCCCGUGGAUCAGUGCCAGCCCCCGAGCAUGGAGGAGGACGGGCACCAGCGCUUGUGAGAGAGCUCGGCAGCACGAGGUGGGAGAGCGGAUCCACGGGUUCACCGUAAGCCAGGUAACGGCCAUCCCUGAACUGUCCCUGACCGCAGUGAAGCUCAGCCAUGACAGCACAGGAGCAAAAUACUUGCACUUGGCCAGAGAAGACACCAACAACUUGUUCAGCGUGCAGUUCCGCACCACGCCCAUGGACAGCACCGGCGUCCCGCACGUGCUGGAGCACACCGUCCUGUGCGGCUCUCACAAAUACCCAUGCAGAGAUCCCUUCUUCAAGAUGCUCAACCGCUCGCUGUCCACGUUCAUGAACGCUUUCACAGCUAGCGACUAUACUCUGUACCCAUUUUCCACACAAAAUCCCAAGGACUUCCAGAAUCUCCUAUCUGUGUAUUUGGAUGCAGCCUUUUUCCCAUGCUUGCGGGAACUAGAUUUCUGGCAGGAAGGAUGGCGACUAGAACAUGAGAAUCCGAAGGACCCCCAGACACCCUUGACCUUUAAAGGAGUCGUCUUUAAUGAAAUGAAGGGAGUAUUUACAGACAACGAGCGGAUAUUCUCGCAGCACCUUCAGAACCGACUCCUGCCUGACCACACGUACUCGGUGAUCUCCGGGGGCCAUCCGUUGUGCAUCCCAGACCUCACGUGGGAGCAGCUUAAACAGUUCCAUGCUACCCAUUACCACCCCAGUAAUGCUAGCUUUCUGAUGUUUAACACGGGAAGAGAAUUCCAUAUAACAUGUGGCCCAGACUCACUGGCUGCAGGUUCCUCUAAACAAACAACCGUCGGGGUCAGCUUCCUCUUACCAGACAUCACUGAUACGUUUGAAGCCUUCACGUUAAACCUUCUGUCUUCACUCUUGAUCAGUGGACCCAACUCCCCCUUCUACAAAGCAUUAAUUGAAUCUGGACUUGGCACAGACUUUUCUCCUGAUGUUGGAUACAACGGCUACACACGGGAGGCCUACUUCAGCGUGGGCCUGCAGGGGAUCGCGGAGCAGGACACCCAUGCCGUUCGGGACAUAAUUGACAGGACAAUCGAGGAAGUCAUCGAAAAAGGAUUUGAAGAGGACCGAAUUGAGGCUCUCCUUCAUAAAAUUGAAAUACAAAUGAAGCAUCAGUCUGUCAGCUUUGGACUCACCCUGACGUCUCACAUUGCCUCCUGCUGGAAUCAUGACGGGGACCCUGUGGAGCUCCUGAAGCUGGGGAGUCAGGUGGCUCGAUUCAGACAGUGCCUCAAGGAAAAUCCACAGUUUUUGCAAGAAAAAGUAAAACAGUAUUUUAAAAAUAAUCCGCACAAGCUGACUUUGUCAAUGACACCCGAUGACAAGUAUCCCGAGAAGCAAGCACGGAUGGAGACAGAAAAACUAAAGCAAAAGGUCGACUGUCUUUCCCCAAAAGACAAGCAGCAGAUCUAUGAAAAAGGCUUAGAGUUACAGACUCAGCAGAGCCGACCUCAGGACGCCUCCUGUCUGCCGGCCCUGAAGGUGUCGGACAUCGAGCCCAGCAUGCCACUCACGGAGUUGGAGGUGGCCCUGGCAGCUGGCAAGACCCCCGUGCAGUACUGUGCUCAGCCCACCAACGGCGUAGUGUACUUCAGAGCGUUCGCCAGCCUUCACACCCUCCCCGAGGAGCUCAGGCCCUAUGUCCCGCUCUUCUGCAGCGUCCUCACCAAGCUAGGCUGUGGCCUUCUGGACUACAGGAGGCAGGCGCAGCAGAUAGAGCUGAAGACGGGGGGGAUGGCCGCCUCGCCCCAUGUGCUGCCCGACGACGCGCAUCUGGACACCUACGAGCAGGGUGUGCUUUUUUCAUCUUUCUGCCUCGAUAGGAACCUACCAGACAUGAUGCAUCUGUGGAGUGAAAUAUUCAACAGCCCGUGCUUUGAAGAGGAAGAACACUUCAGAGUGUUGGUUAAGAUGUCCGCACAAGAGCUGUCCAAUGGGAUCCCAGACUCUGGGCAUCUGUACGCGUCCAUCAGGGCGAGCAGGACCCUGACGCCCACGGGAGACCUGCAGGAGACCUUCAGUGGGAUGGAUCAGGUGAGGCUGAUGAAGAGGAUUGCAGACGCGACAGACAUGAGACCGGUGCUGAGAAUGCUCCCGCGCAUCCAGAAACACGUACUACACUGUGACAGCAUGAGGUGCUCCAUGAAUGCUACACCUCAGCAGAUGUCUCUGGCAGAAAAAGCAGUAGAAAAGUUUGUUAGAAAUGUUGGUCGGAGUAAAACAGAACGGAAGCCGGUGCGCCUGUACGUGGUUGAGAAACCUGCACCCAGUGGAUCCAAUGGAAGCACCCUUGUUAGCUGCCCCCAAGUCAUGAGGAAGCUGAUCAUGGACCCCACCUUCAAACCGUGCCAGAUGAAGACGCACUUCCUGCUUCCGUUCCCAGUGAACUACGUGGGCGAAUGCAUCAGGACUGCCCCCUAUGCAGACCCGGACCACGCCAGUCUUAAGAUCCUUGCACGCUUGAUGACUGCCAAAUUCUUGCAUACAGAAAUUCGAGAAAAGGGUGGUGCUUAUGGUGGGGGCGCCAGACUCAGCCGUGACGGGGUGUUUACACUUUACUCAUACCGGGAUCCACGUUCCACAGAGACGCUGCAGUCUUUCUCGAAGGCUGUGGACUGGGCUAAGGCUGGGAGGUUCACACAGCAGGACAUUGACGAAGCAAAGCUUUCCGUUUUCUCCGUCGUGGACGCCCCUGUGGCUCCUUCCGACAGAGGGCUGGACCACUUCCUGUGUGGCCUCUCGGAUGAGAUGAAGCAGGUGCACCGGGAGCAGCUAUUCGCCGUCAGCCACAAGGAUCUCAUCGACGUGAGCAACAAGUACCUUGGCAUUGGGAAGAGCACACACGGGUUGGCUCUGCUUGGACCAGAGAACGCAAAAAUCGCUAAGGACCCAUCGUGGAUAAUAAAAUAG